AUGACUUCAUUUCCUACCUCCUCUUCAUCACCCAUCGUCCACCAGAACCUGAAGAUCAACUCCUCUAAUCAGCCAAGUCUCUGGCUGAACAACACCUCACCAUUUGUCCAACCUUCAGGUUUAGUGAUAUCCUGCUUCACUAUGAUAUUCGGCGCCAUUUCCAACCUCACUGCUCUGGGGAUACUGGCAAAGACUCAUGUUAGAUUUCGUCGCCGAUCCAAAGCACCAUUUCUCCUACUAACAGUCGCUUUGCUUUUGGCUGACCUGGGAGGUCAUGUGGUUCCAGGAGCCUUUGCAUUAUAUCUGCACGUAGAUCAGAGGCAUAAAACACAAACUGUGAAGCCCACCAGGGUAUUCUGUCAAAUCUUUGGAGCAAGUAUGGUGUUUUUUGGCUUAUGCCCUUUGUUGUUGGGUUGUGCCAUGGCAGUGGAGCGCUGUGUGGCCAUCACUCAGCCAUUUUUCCACGCCUCUAUGAUUACAGUGGCUCAUGCACGAAGAGCUGUGGUAUUUAUUUCCUCUCUUGCACUUGUGCUGGCUGUUCUACCUCUGUUUGCUGUGGGAACUUAUACCACCCAGUCUCCGGGCACAUGGUGUUUCUUGCCUGUCCAUGAUCCACAGUCUGCAGCGGACACUUGCCUAGUGGUGGCCUUUUCAAGUCUGGGCCUCGCUGCACUCACUCUUUCCCUGCUCUGCAACAUCUUGAGUGGUCUGGUGCUGCUGCAGACCAGAAUGAAGACCCACGAUGUCAAUACAAAACCUGCAGUUCGCUGUGAUCGUCGCACAUCAUCUGCAUCAGCUUCCUCCUUAUUUUGUUCGUUGGACGUGGAGAUGAUGACACAACUGGCUGCGAUUACUGUAGUUUCCUGUGUUUGCUGGAGUCCCUUUCUUAUCCACAUUCUUGUGAUGCAGCUCAAACACAGCCACAGGGCUUCAGCUCCUGUGAAAGAUGAGCUGCUUCUUGUGGGCUUACGUCUGGCCUCCUGGAACCAGAUCUUAGACCCUUGGGUUUACAUCUUACUCAGGAGGACGGUGCUUUUCAGAGUUUGCUGUGGUGUCUACACACAGAGAAACACUGUGACGGCAAACAGCUCCUGCGCAGACACACGCAGACAAGCCUUCACCUUGCAAUGACUGCAUUUCACUUUCACUUUUCUCUGAUGCAAUAUCUCCCU